CUAUGAUGUAUAGUAAUGAUGGGCGGUUGAAUUGUAACGUCAGUUAUACAACUUUUGCUUCUCCUGCUCGUGGUCAGACUCAAGAAACUAAGGAUCUUUCGUCAAUGCUCCACAAAGCUCUGGAGGGUGCCAUUAUACUGAAAUCUUUCCCUAAGACGACUGUUGAUGUCUUUGCUUUGGUAUUGGAAUCUGGAGGAAGUGAUCUUCCAGUAAUCACGUCGUGUCCCAGUCUUGCUCUUGCAGAUGCAGGCAUCAUGUUGUAUGACAUGGUUGCCUCUGUUUCUGUGCCAAAAAAUAGAUUGAUGAAAUGAGGAUAGAGUGGGCAGAGUUUCUAAGUUCGAUUGAUGAUUGAUGAUGAUGGUGUAACUUUGACACUCAAGUAACCUCAUUUUUUACUCACAUGUAUUAUGAUCAACAAUAUUUUUUUUGGAUUUGAGGUACGAUGUUUGUAUGAUGGAUACUUUUUCAAUGUAGGAUGAUAAUUAACUUUGAAACUAAUGAAUGUCCCUUUUAUUA